CAAAAAACGCCUUCCAUCCUGCCCGAAUCUGUCGAGAAUAGCACCUCCAAGACAUCCCAUGCGUUGAUCUUCCCGCUGCUUCGAUGGCUGUCGCUGCCGCUGCUUCAUCGGCGGCAGUGUCGGUGAAGGAGGAGCAGCCAGAGACCGUCCGAUGCACCAACACACAGUGCCCGAACACCGCACUCACCAGGUCAGUGAUCGAUGGACAACAGCGGACCUCUGAGUGAUUGAUAUGAUUGAGUUGCAUUGCGUGCGUGCAUGUUUUACCUGUGUCGUGCAGGGAUGAGGUGCGGACGGGCUGGCCGGACGAGCGGGGCGUGCCGGUGCCGCUGUGCGACAAGUGCGCAGAUCUAUACCAGAGGGACCAAUACUGGUGGGUGAGCGGGGAGCGCUUCUGACGUGUGCGCCAAUCUCGUCUUAUCUAUCUCUGUUGUGCGUGUGUGUGUGCAGUCCCCAUUGUAUGCAGGUGUACGAGUCGUUUGACGAGGGUGCGCUCAACAACCCCUGGGUGGGAUGCGACUUCUGCUCACGAUGGGUACACAGGGAGUGCGAACGAAACGCACUCGACAAACGGUAUGGAUGACUCACGUGCACAUCCAUGCAUGAACGGAAGAUGCCCAUCUCUCCUUUUGUGCAAUUGUGCAUCUGUGUGGUGUGUCAGCCGUGCGAUCAGCAACCCGUCGAUGCACCACAACGCCUUCCUCCUCGUCUACAAGUGUCCCGCCUGUCGGCAGAAGCAGCACCACUACCAGCUCUCUCGCAGAGUCACACCCGCCAUGCACCUCCUACCCACACAGGGACCAGCAGAUCAGCAGCUGCCCUCGCCCUCACCCCUUCCAGCGCUACUCAAGCGGCUGCGCGUCCCCGCCUGCCUUAGGAGGGAGCUGCUGCGCGACCACGACCUGCAGCAGAGCAGACAGACGCCGCCCUUUCCCGCGCUUGUGACGGCGGCAGAGAUCCUGCAGAAGUUCGAGAUGCAUGCGCUGAUGGGCGAGUCGAAGGGCGGGGGAGCGACGGCGGCCACUAACACAAACUCGGCAGCCAGCAAGGCGGCAGAGGAGACGAAAAACUAUUGGAAGCAGCCUGUGGAGCCAAGUGAGAGGGAGAGGCCAUCCGUCCAUCCGUCCACCCAUUCACCCAAUGCUUGUGUCUGUGUGCGUGCGGGUUCGUGUGCAGGUCCCCUUGACGCCCAGAACAGCGUGUCAGCCGCCCCCAAUCUGACCACGGGUGCGUCAUCCGCCCCGUUCCCCGUCGCCCAGUCCCUCGCACAGGCUGCUGACCGCACCGCACCCACAGCCACAGCCACAGGGGAGGGCACCGAGCAGGCCGCCGUCACGGUGGCCGAGGACUUUGUGAGCGCGCUGACGUGGUACUUUAACACUUACUUCUUCACCCACCUGUGCACGGCCAGUGAGGUACCCUUCGUCACCGCCAAGAUGGCAGAGGUGCAGACACGCGUGGCUGACAAACUUGCCAACAGGUGAGAGAGAAAGAGAGAGAGAGGCCAGAGAGAGAGAGAGAGAGAGACCCAAGAAAACAAUGACGGUGGUCCAUGGUUGUUGGUGUGUGUCGGUGUGUUUCUGUGCAGCGCGAGCAAGAGCCGCGCGUUCUCGAAGGAGGUGUUGCCUAUCGACGUGGCGGGCGGGGUGCACCUGCUGCGGCUGUGCGUGUGCGUCCCCCGGUUCCUCGCACAGUCUCCCAAACCGCAACCGCCCUCCCCCUCACCCCUCACGCCACGAAAGAGGAAGCUCGACGGUGACGAGAGCUCCCUGGAGCCUGUGGAUGAAGACCUCAUGGCGCUGAUCGACAAGUGAGGGGAUGGACGCAUGUGUCGGAGAGAGCCUUUGCGCAUCCAUUCAUCCAUUUGUGUGUGCGUGUUGUGUGUGGUGUGUGGCCAGGGUGAGCAUGUUUCUGUCAUGGUUUGACAAGCGGCGCAGCGAGCUGCUGGACCGGCACUACCAGUCGCUGGAGGAGGUCGACAAGAUGACGGGCGUGGCGGGUGGAAGUGGGAGAGGGGGUGGGGUGAAGGAGGAGGGCAUCAAGCAGGAGGGGCACACUGACUGACUGAUGCGUGCUGCAUUAUAAUGCAACAUGCAUCAGUCGGUCCUUCUUGUCCUUCUGCUUGAUGCCCUCCUCCAUGUAUGGCAGACAAUUGACGAGUGUGUUCG